AUGGAACAACAUACCGAACAAACUGGUAUUAUUGAUGCAACUCAACCUAGUCAAGCGUCAAGAAGUAUUAUUAAUGAUUUUGACAAACUUGACGCUAAUGUGGUGAGGGACCAAAUCAUUCAAGAUAUCAGAAUGUGGAAGGGCAAUCAAACCAUUGCACCCGUCCCCACCUCUUCUGAUAUGAGUGAUGUGGAGGAAAUUUCACCCUCCACAAAAGGGUUGAAAGCCUCGUCUAGUUGCGAAACAAAUGCCAGUAAUAAUAAUAAUAACGCUACUGUUGCUACUAGUACUGCUACUAGUACUGUUACUACUACGGCUGCUACUGCUGCUACUACUACUGCUGCUACUAGUACUACUCCUGCCACUACUACUCAUCCUGAAAUUAUAAUUAUCGAUGAUUCUGACGAUGAUGAUCAUCAUCAAACACAAAUGUCAUCAUCGUCAUCUUCAAAGCCUUACGACAACGGUGAUGUUCGUAUGGCGAAUAAUAAUGAAAUUGUUAAUGAAUCUGUUUUCGAUAAACAAAAUUUGCCAGUUGAACCAGGCCCAUCGUCAUUAAAGCGGAAGAGCAGAUGGGAUGACACUAAAAAAGAUAAGUCAAAUCCUCAAAAUCCAAAAAAUACUCAAGAAUCGGACGAACUAUUCCAAAUGAUCGAGCUAACUAAAAGUGAAAACGACAAUUCUGAUCAAGAAGAGAAUUCUAAUCUUAACCGUGAAAAUUGGCAUAGAAGAAAAAGAAAGGAUCGGCGACAACUUUUCGCCGAUUUAAGUGGAGAUGAAAGACGACGUAAAAACGAAAAUUCUAGGAAUGGUGACUCGCAAUUGAACGAGAAAAGAAUCUUAGAAUGGACAAUCGCGCAAUCGAACGUGGCCGCAGAAUGGGCGAGCACGCAAUCGAGCGAGACAAGAACCUUAGGAUGGACAAUUGACCGUGUAGGAACCCGGCGAUCAGAGAGAAUAUAUAAUCGCGCUAAUAAGGCUGAUGUCACAAAGUUGAACCUUGCAUCAUCAGAUCAUCAGGCUGAUGUCACAAAGUUCAAUCUUGCAUCAUCAGAUUAUCUCGCAAAUCAGGUCGAAGUUGAAAACCCAUUAUAUAGUGCAUCACAGCCUCCAACAAUCCACAACAAUUCACUAUACACUCGUGCUCGCGAAAAUCCCAAAGAGUUCACAUGUCGCGGACGGGCUAUCUUGAAAUUAGCGCUAACCGAUAUACUGUUUCAUGCCUAUCCCAAAUUCCCGCCCGGUAAUAUAACCAGAGUAUUAGAUAAGUCACUCACAAGUGAGUUAUUCGAUGAGUUAUGGAAAACACACAGACAUAGUGUAUCCUUUUCCCAAUACCUCGCCAUGUACUAUCUCGAUCAAACAACAGAUGGAAUCGGGAAAGUUAUCUAUUUUAUGAAGUGUUUGCUACAUCCUCUCGCUGUGGGAAGUUGGCAUCAAGAUGAUUUUGUCUCGUAUUGGAUUUCUCAAAUGGUGUUUGUUCAUAUGGGUUUGGUUGCUUUAUGUAACUCUGUUCUUGAAAUAACGAAUUUAUCUCGUAGAGUCUGA